AUGAUGUCGAGACUGCACGAGGUUGAGAUUGUGAUAUGCAUCGUUUUGAUGGUGGAGAUCGAAGGAAGGGAUGUUCGACACCGCCCUUGGUUGACACAGCCCAGAACUGGCAACAUCGUUUCGAUGGCAAUGCUGCAUGCAGUCACUCUCCGAGGAGCUACGGAAGCGGGGCGAGAGAACGGCUCCAAUCAAAACACGAGGUUACGAAGGGCGCUUGAAUGA